UGGAGGGUGGGAGGGGACGCACCGGCUGGCGGGCGGGGGCGCUGGGACGAGCUGUGGCUCCCGCCCCAGGUUCCUGGGAGCGUUUCAGGCCGCGAAGGUCCGCGCGAGGAGCCUGCGAGCACGGGAGCCAACGAGCGCGGAGAGGGCAGCGGGCGGAGCGGAGCCGCCGGGCGGAGCGGGCUCAGAAGCCCGGGUGUCCGCGGCUCGGGACCCGGCGGCGGGGCGGCGAUGUUCCACUGCAUCCCCCUGUGGCGGUGCAACCGUCAUGUGGAGACCAUCGACAAGCGCCACUGCUCGCUGGUCUACGUCCCCGAGGAGAUCUACCGCUACGCCCGCAGCCUGGAGGAGCUCUUGCUGGACGCCAACCAGCUCCGCGAGCUGCCCGAGCAAUUUUUCCAGCUAGUCAAAUUACGAAAGCUUGGACUUAGUGAUAAUGAAAUUCAGCGGCUCCCUCCAGAAAUAGCAAACUUCAUGCAGCUGGUGGAACUUGAUGUGUCCCGAAAUGAUAUUCCUGAAAUUCCAGAAAGCAUCUCAUUCUGUAAAGCACUACAGAUAGCUGACUUCAGUGGAAACCCACUGACUAGAUUACCAGAAAGCUUCCCUGAAUUACAGAACUUGACAUGUCUUUCUGUAAAUGACAUCUCGUUACAGUCCCUACCUGAGAACAUUGGCAAUCUUUAUAACCUGGCUUCACUGGAACUGAGAGAGAAUCUUCUUACAUAUCUUCCUGACUCUCUUACUCAGCUACGGAGACUAGAAGAACUUGAUUUAGGAAACAAUGAAAUAUACAAUUUGCCAGAAUCAAUCGGAGCUCUCUUACAUCUAAAGGAUCUUUGGUUGGAUGGAAAUCAACUGUCAGAAUUACCUCAGGAAAUAGGAAAUCUGAAGAACCUGCUGUGCUUAGAUGUCUCUGAAAACAGGUUGGAAAGACUUCCUGAAGAAAUCAGUGGCCUGACUUCAUUAACAGAUUUAGUCAUUUCCCAGAACUUACUAGAAACGAUUCCGGAUGGCAUUGGAAAACUAAAGAAGCUGUCGAUCUUGAAGGUGGAUCAGAACAGACUAACGCAGUUGCCUGAAACAAUUGGGGACUGUGAGAGCCUCACUGAAUUGGUUCUCACAGAAAACCGACUCCUGACCUUACCUAAGAGCAUUGGAAAACUUAAGAAGUUGAGCAACUUGAAUGCAGACAGAAAUAAAUUAGUGUCUUUACCAAAAGAGAUCGGUGGGUGCUGCAGCCUCACUGUGUUCUGCAUGCGGGACAACAGACUGACCCGGAUCCCUGCUGAGGUGUCACAGGCCACAGAGCUCCACGUCCUGGAUGUGGCAGGGAACAGGUUGUCGCAUCUGCCCUUGUCUCUGACGGCCUUGAAGUUGAAGGCUUUGUGGUUAUCUGACAACCAGUCCCAGCCUCUGCUCACGUUCCAGACAGACACAGACCUCACCACAGGAGAGAAGAUUUUAACCUGUGUCUUACUUCCUCAGCUGCCUUCUGAACCUACUUGCCAAGAGAACCUGCCUCGCUGUGGAGCCCUGGAGAGCUUGGUGAAUGACGUCUCCGACGAGGCCUGGAACGAGCGGGCAGUACACAGAAUCAGUGCAAUCCGAUUUUUAGAAGAUGAAAAAGAUGAAGAAGACAAUGAAAUGAGAACACUUCAGAGGCGGGCCACGCCACACCCAGGGGAGUUAAAGAAUAUGAAAAAGACAGUGGAGAAUUUGCGGAACGACAUGAAUGCUGCUAAAGGACUGGAUUCCAACAAAAACGAGGUCAAUCAUGCCGUUGACCGAGUGACCACUUCUGUGUAGAAUUUCGCCUCCAGGUUUUACCUCCUGCGUCUUCCCCUGCUGUCUUUCGAGGAGCCUCCUGCAGUCCUCGGUCUUCACCAGAACCCCGCACAUGGGCUCCCCACGUCUCCCCACCUCGCGUCCGGACGCUGCUCUCUCCAAGGAAGUGCCUUACUCUAACCCGUCAGCCAGUGGUCUCCCAGCGUGACUGUUUCUUUCCCUACACUCCAGCUGUUUGUACAAGUAGAAUACACUACUGUCAACAUCUGACCUUUGUUUUUGUCUUAUGUUGGGGUAAGGGAGAGCAAGAAGGGAACAUUGAUCCUCCUCCCUCCACGACGUGCUGGGACAUUUUAACCCGAGUUCUCUGGGACCUAUUGGUGAGAGAGAGUUUUAUGUGUGAUGGAAAAUCGAUACUUUUUUAAACCUUUUGGCAGCUCAGAUGGUGUAAAUUUAAACAUUUUGUAUAGGUAUUUCGUAACAAAAAAUAUGUAUUUCUUUUUUUGUUAUUUUAUCUUGAAAAACGGUACAUAUUUUAGUAUUUGUGCGGAAAACUCACACACAGUCCUGAAGUAUUUGCUUUUAUUUGUACCAUCCACUGUGCCUUACUGUGUCCUGUGUCAUGUCAAACGAGUCGUGCGCAACGGCAGCCCGAGCAGAGCGGCGGGCCAGGGACGCGGUACGUUCCCCAGCAGUGUUGGCUUCUAAUUAUGAUCUACCUGGGGAUUUGUUCUUAACCAAAAAGAAGUUACCACUGAUUUGUAGAUUAUAUUGGAUGAUUUUUUAAAAAGAUAAACCAAAGGAUUAGGCUGCUAAUAUUUCACUUCUUAUACUUUAACUUUUUAUAAAUGAGUCUCGUACAAAUGAGUCGAGUGUCUGAUUGUUUCUACUCGGAAGGUAUGUGCCAUUUGUAAAAUAAAAUAGAACAGGCAAGCACAAAAAGAGAAAACCGGUUUUGAAAUUCAUGGGUAAAUAAAUUAUGUACUGAGAAAGUAUGAUUUUACUCAAGAAAACUUUCAAAGUUUUAUAUUAAGAUAUAAAAAAACAAUAAAGCAAAAUAACCUACUAUGCCGUAUUAGAAAUGUUGCUAUCUUUAAAGUGCAAUUUGUAAAUAGAGGUUGAAUCAAAGUGUAACAAAAUAUUGCUUCAUGUCUUAAUUUUAAUUGUGCUAAUUUAAGGAGUGUGGGGUAUAUUUUGGUAUGUUUCCACUGAUUUGACUUUUUUUUUUGGUAUGAUGUGAUAAAAAGAGGAAUGAAAAGUGCCAGUCACUGUGUGGUGUCUAGGAAAAUCGUGUUGGUGUUUUUUUCUCCAUGAAAUAAAGUCACCCUGGACAGUA